UGAUGUGCCCCUUGGUGAUUGGGCAUGUGACCCUGUCUGUGGGGAAGUGCAGUUGAGUAUGAAUUUUUCCACAGGUACCGCUGGCUAGGGUGCACAUUUUAAGAAAAAUAGCUGGACUACCCCUUUAAGGGUUGUGAACCACCUCUGACUCUUGGCCCCAGACAUGUCAUUUCCCUAAAGCCCAGAUGGUGAAUCUACUCAUUUAUACAAUGUUCUCUGCAAGCAGAUUUAAUUAUAUCAUAUAGCUAUAGUACAUGUCUUUGCAUUACAAUCUCUAGUCAUAUUCAUAAUUCACAGACAAUUUUAUUACAUUACAGUGGAAUUUCCUGGGAGCGAUGCCAGGGGCCAAUAUGUAUAAGAAGUUUCCUCUGCAACCAGUCCUGACAAUGAAACAGAAGAGAACAUGGGCACCCUGGUGAGCAGGGUUCAGGGGCUGUGUAGAAGGACACACCUAAGGGAAGCUGCUAUUGUAAUGAUUGGACUUGAUGGAAGUGGCAAAACCACAAUUCUGUACAGACUAAAGCUGAAUGAAACCGUGAAAACUAUCGCAACAGUUGGUUUCAAUAGAGAGACCUUGGACAUAUUUGAGGACUUAUCUCUUCUGGUAUGGGAUGUUAGUUUAGGGGCCAUGGGAUGGCCCUUAAAAAGACAUUUUCUGGAGGGUUGCCAAGGCUUUUUGUUUGUAGUGGACAGUAAGGACACUGAGAUUUUUAAAGAAGUCCAGGAAAAGCUUCAAUACACAGUACAUUUCUUGGACACACAGGACUUGCCUUUCAUUGUACUGGCCAAUAAGCAGGAUCUAGACGGGGCUUGUAGCCCUUCCGAACUCGUGCUUCAUCUUAAUCUUGAUAAAUUUACAACCAAAAAGUGGGAUGUAUGUGGUUGCUCUGGCAUCACAGGAGAAGGUCUUCAUGAAGCUUUGGAGAAACUGUGUAAAAUGAUAAAAGAAAAUGAAGAGCACUGAGGAAAUAGUCUUCUAUACUGGCCUUCAAUCCAGUCAGUGGUCCAAUGUUAACAUGAUGUGGAGUAACAGAGGCCACCCAACAUAUAUAACCACAUGAAGAACCUACCUGCUGCACAGCAGUCAAGUAGUCGCCAUGUAACAGCCACCACAAAGCAAGCCACCCUGGAGCAGAACUAAUACCAGUCAGAAGCAGUGUUAUUGAAGAAUACUUGGGGUAUUGGCAUUGCACUGGGGUAUUGGUCUAGGUCCGUGUAAGGUGUGGAGACCUCCUGGAUACUUCUGAGAUUGUUCCAAGUUUAUUAUACUGUGAUGUGCCACGUGUGAAUUGUGCUGGUGGGUUUCUUUUGACCAUUAGGGAUCCAGAGCUGGAUACCAGUUACUGCUGCUACUGGAGUAAUGCCUUAUACUCUGCCACCAUAAAAAUGAGUGUUAAACCAAGC